CCUAUCCAUUACCUUUCUAGGCUUUCUAUCGAUAGAUAGAUAUAGCCACACCUUACAUAAAUACGAAUUAUUCCAAAGUGCAACUUCUUUCAUACAUAGAUUACUUCACAUCGAAGAACCCAACAAAAAUACAGUGGUUUCAAUGGCGCGUUAGAAACAAUGGAAAAUCCGAGAGAAAAAGACAAGAACAUUGAUGGGUGGGUGUUGAUGGAGUCAAACAAUCAACGGAGACAGCAAGGUUGGGUUUUUUCUGACCUGGGUAGAGAGAGAGAGAUGUCUGUCAUGGUGUCUGCUCUGACGCAGGUGGCGGCCGGAGAUGUGCCUGGUGAGACGGAUAUUGGUUUGACGUCAAGUGAAGGUUCUGGUGUUGGAGAGAAGAGAGGGAGAGAAGAUGAGGGUGGUGUUGGUGGAGCAGAAAUGUCCAGAAUGAUUUCAAGACUUUCUACAGUUUUUGGUGGAGGUUCAUCAUCUUCAGCUGUUAGAGCCGGAACUGAAACUUCAAGCAUGAUCAGCACAAGAGCAACAACAGCAGCAGUCACUCCAGUAUAUGAACACAAUGAGAACAACGAACAAAACCCUAGGAGAAGAUACAGGGGAGUGAGGCAGAGGCCUUGGGGAAAAUGGGCAGCAGAAAUAAGAGACCCUUUCAAGGCAUCCAGAGUGUGGUUAGGUACAUUUGACACGGCGGUAGCAGCGGCCAGGGCCUACGACGAGGCCGCCUUACGCUUUAGAGGCAACAAGGCCAAACUCAACUUCCCGGAAAACGUCAAGCUCCGUCCCUCCACCGCCAUUCCCAUUUCAACCCAAAUGCACAUUUCUGAUCCUCCAAAUACCCUUUUGUCCAUUCCUUCAACAACUGAGCCAAUUGUCCAUCAUCACUACUCUCAAGCUUUUCCACAACAUUUUGAGGUUUCAAGGGACUUGGGGAGCUAUCCUCAGUUGAUUUUGGGGUCUGGAGAUAUUCAAAGGCAGCAGCCAAAUCCAAUGAAUGUGCAUGGACAUAAUAAUAUUACUUUCCCAUCAUCUUCAGUGGCUACACAAUUGCAGUCUACUUCUGUUCUAUCUUCUUGUUCCCCGCUUUCUUCAUCGUCUUCUUCCCCACCACCAACCAAUUUUCCUACAUAUUUAUGGGAUCCGAUGCCAGAAAACUUUUUACUAGCGACUGGACAGGGGGAUGAUGCAGAUUUUCUGAUACCGGGGUGGUCAGAUUCCAGUCGUUAUACGACUAAAUCUGAAUAAAUUGAUCAAGUGGACUAGUUCAUCUCUAGUUGUUUUUGCAUUUCCAUUCAUUGUAUUCUUAGUUCCUUAUUCAAAGUUAUUGGUCUACGAAAUGAUUUUGUUUAUUAUAUUAGUCCAAUUAUCCAAA